CGUAUACUAUACGAUAUAAAAAAAUGUCUACACAUGGCAACCUCACUGGAAAUUUCUCGAUUGACCAAUACAAAGAUAAUCAAUUUAUAAAUGGAAAUAUUACUAUACAUUCGAAAUUAAUAAUCGACAAAGUAAUCGUAGUUAUCUAUCGUUGUGAUUCUGAUGGCAUUAACUGUGAAUACUUUCAAACGUGGUCAUUGACAGAUAUCUGCCCUAAAUUAAAGGAUAAGAAUCAAAUAUGGUCCCGUUGGUACGGUUCGUUUGAUCCACCUAUGGUUUGUCCAUUAGAUAAAGUAAAUUAUCGAUUGGUAAAUGGGACAUAUGAUAUUGACCAAGGUGUUCGAUGGUAUUCUGAUAUAGCUAACUAUCAAUGGAAAGUGACACAAAAAUUGUUUGCUGGUGACGUAUAUAUCGGUAGUUAUGUCUUUCAGAUUUCAAUAUUCAGUUAUAGAAAAAAACUCAAACCUUUACUUAAAUUAUAGUAAUGUAUUUAAACAUAAUCAAAUGACAAAUACAAAUUACU